AUGGCACAUCGUCAUAAAUUACCGAGCGGGAAAAUUCUGGUUGAUCAUACAUUUAGAUUGGCUGAAAUAGCCAUGAAUACUACUCAUCUGAAUCGAGCAAAUAUGGAACAGCUACCUUUUCCUGAUGAAAAUUUUCAUGAAGAUAUCAAUGAACUAUUUCAAAGAAAUAAUAAAUUUACUCUUGAACAUAUCCAUCAUCGUAAUGGACGAGCAUUUGUUCCUAAUGUUCCUGUUCAUAUCAUAUCUAUUACGGCUGAAAAGUCUCAUGGAGAUCUUCUACAAUUACUUGAUACAUAUAUUUAUUGUAUAACAGUCGAGCAUGGUUCUAUUCGAUGGUCGAUUUAUAAACGUCAUGAAAAUUUUCAUGAUUUGCAUAAUGAAUUAAUGCAGUUCGCUAAAAUGACACGAGAAAAAUCAAUAAAUACUUUACAACCAAAUUCCAAUGAAGAUGAUAGAUAUCCAUGGUUUCCAGGAAGCAGUCUUCGAAAAAUAUCGGUUACUCAUAAGAUACUUGAUGAACAUUGUAAUAAUCUUGCUGCUUAUCUCAAUAAGGUUAUUAUGCAUCCCAAAUUUCGUGCACAUCCAGUAACGCGUGCAUUUUUCAAUGUAAGUUGUUUAUCAUUCAUCGAUGGCCUAUCAAUAAGUCGAAAAGAAGGUUUUCUGUUAAAACAAUCCAAUGAUUACAACCGGGGUCAUCGCACGCUCCUUGGUCAACCAUUGGUGACGAAAUUGAGUAAACAUCGUUACGAAGAAAGAUGGCUUGCUAUAAAAGAUACAUAUGUAGUUUAUAUGCAACCUAAUAAAUAUGAAAUACGUUUUCCAAUAUUAGUUGAUUGUAAAUUUAAAGUGACAAGUGGUCAUCAUCAUAUUGAUAAUUAUUAUAGAAUUAAAAUAAAAAAUUUACAAUGUAAAAUAGUUGUUAAAUGUCGAACAUCACAUGAAUGUGAAGAAUGGAUGCAAAAUUUUAAAAUGCUUAUUGAACAAGGAUAUGGUUUUAUUGACCGAGAUGCAAAUCGUUUUAAUUCCUAUGCACCUAUUCGAACAAAUCAACUGGCUCAUUGGUUUAUCAAUGGUAAAUCAUAUAUGAAAGCUGUCGCUAGAGCACUAUUAACUGCAAAAGAAGAAGUUUUUAUAACCGAUUGGUGGUUGUCGCCUGAAAUUAUGAUGAUACGAACAGCAGAAGACGAAACAUAUCGUCUGGAUAAUUUAUUAGGAAUAAUAGCUGCUAAAGGAGUUCGUGUUUAUGUAAUGGUUUUUAAAGAGCUCAAACGAGUUUUAUCCUUAAGUAGUCUAUAUACCAAGAGAAAAUUAAUGUCUAAAAAUAAAAAUGGGUUUAUUAAAGUCCUUCGACAUCCUGACCAUCAUAAUAAAAACAGAAUAAUUAUGUGGUCCCAUCAUGAAAAAAUGGUUGUUAUCGAUCAAAAGAUUGCAUUUGUUGGCGGCAUAGAUUUAUGCUAUGGUCGGUGGGAUGAUGAAUAUAUGCGUCUUGUCGAUUUGGGCGAUGAAAAUAUCACUAAAUUGUAUUUACCAUCUGAAUUGAAUCCAAUACAACCAAUUACAAGACAAAUGGCUGACAGAAUUCAUGCAGUGGUUGCGACGAAUACUGAUUAUAUGAGAACAGCAUUACAUGCUCUUAGUCAAACAAGUGAAGACACUGAAUCUCUUGACUCAUUUUCUAUCAAUGAAAUACAAACUUCCAGCAAAUUAUCGACAACUAAAUUGAAAAAAUUAACGCCAACAGGAGUCGAGGGUGAUGCAUCAGAUAGUAAAUCAGAUAGUGAUGAAUCGGCAACAUCUGAUGGAAUUGUAUUUGCAUUUCGGAAACAUAAGUUGCAAGAAGAAGAUAGUCAUGUUACUGGACGGCAGCAGUUCUUACAACAAGAAAGCCAAGACAGUGACGACUCUGAAAGUGAUAAGAACUUCGAGAGGCAACAAUCAAUAUCUAGUAUUAUGAUUCCUGAAGAUGAUAGACGUCAUCGAUUAUUCAUUGGAAAAGAUUAUGCAAAUGAUUAUCAAAAAGGUUUUGCAAUACCUGAUAAACCCAGUGAAGACAAUAUUAAUCGAAGAUGUGUGCCUCGUAUGCCAUGGCACGAUGAAGCUCUGGUUAUACUCGGUCAAGGAGCUCGUGAUGUUGCAAGACAUUUUAUUCAACGAUGGAAUAUUCACAAAUGCGAAAAACAUUUAAACAAUGAUGCCUAUCCAUUUCUUUUACCAAAGUCAUAUAGUGAUAUCGAAGGUUUAACUGUAGAUAACUGGAGAGAAUUUCUCGAUAGUGAACCAUUUUGUGUUGAUACUCAAUGCGUACGUUCUACUUCAUUGUGGUCAUCGGGAAUAAAAUCAACUGAAAAAUCUAUUCAAAAUGCAUAUAUACAAAUGAUUGGUGCGGCUAAACAUUAUAUAUAUAUCGAAAAUCAAUUUUUUAUUACAAUUGCUGGUAAUAGGUUGGUUAAAAAUGAAUUGGCUAAAGCUCUUUUUGCGCGUAUAAAACAAGCACAUGAAUUGAAAGAAAAAUUUCGUAUUUAUGUUGUGAUACCACUUUUUCCUGGUUUUGAUAGUCUCAAUGCUUUACAUGCUGUACUCUUUUACAUUAUGAGUUCGAUUACUAAAGGUGAUAAUUCAUUAUUUUGUCGACUUGAAAAAGAAGGUAUUACACCAAGCGAUUAUAUUAAUUUUUUUGGCAUGCGUAAUCACGAUGUACUUAUGGGUUGUUUGGUCACCGAAAUAGUAUAUGUACAUUCGAAAUUAAUGAUUGUUGAUGAUUCCAUGGCGAUAUGUGGUAGUGCAAAUAUAAAUGAUCGUUCAUUACUAGGAGAUCGCGAUAGUGAAUUUUGUAUUGUAAUAAAGGAUCGUGAAGAAGUAGAUGGUCGAUUCAAUGGAAAACCAGUUCGUGUAGGAAAAUUUUGUUCGAGUUGGCGCAAAAAGAUUUUUGAAAUGUUGUUAGGUAUUCAAUUUGAAAAUCCAAAUAAUAUUGAUAUAACUGAUCCAGUAUCCGAUAAAUUUUACACCUAUUUUCGACAAGUAGCAAGAAAGAACACAAAAAUUUAUGAAAAAGUGUUUGGUACAAUACCAACGGAUCAAGUUCGAACAUUUGCUCAAAGUUCAAAGUAUAGUGACGCAAAAUAUAUGAGAGAUACAGAUCCAUUACGAGCACAAGAACAAUUGAAAAGUAUCCAAGGUUUUAUUGUUGAAUAUCCAAUUUAUUUUCUUCAUGACGAAAACUAUUUACCUAAAAAAAGAACUCGCGAAGGAAUAGUUCCAUUGGUAACAUGGACGUGA